UCAGCUGCUUGUUGGUCUGUCUCUCUCUUCGUCUUUCCCACUUCUUUCUUCACCGCACGCGCGGCCCUGUCUCCCCGUCGCUCUCUCCGAUGCCGGCGCCGGCGCUCCUCCGACUCCUCGCGAACCCCAAUCGCCGCCUCUUCUCUCCCUCGCCGCAUCUCCUCGAUCUCUCUCUCCGUCUCCGCCGCCCAAUCACCACCGCACCCGCGCGAUCCCCGCCGCCGCCGCCGCCGCCGCCGCUGGCGAACCCUAGCCCCAGGACCCGAACCCCUCUCGAGAAGCAGUUCGAGAGCUGGAUCGACAAGCUCCGGCCUGGGUUCGGCCCCCCCGAGGUCGCCGACGCCCUCCGCGCCCAGUCCGACCCCGACCUCGCCCUCGACGUCUUCCGCUGGGCCGCCCAGCAGCGGGGCUACAGGCACGACUCCGCCGCUUACCUCGCCAUGAUCAAGAUCCUCAUCUCAGGCCGCCGCUACCGCCACGCCGAGACCCUCGUCGAGGAGGUCGUCGCCGGGGCCUGCGAGAUGAGCGUGCCCCUCUACAACUCGGUGAUCCGGUUCUGCUGCGGCCGCAAGUUCCUGUUCAAUCGCGCCUUCGACGUGUACAGGAAGAUGCUCCGCUCCGAGGACUGUAAGCCCACGCUCGAGACCUACACUCUACUGUUCAAUUCCCUGCUUAGGAGGUUCAAUAAGUUGCAUGUGUGUUAUGUGUACCUGCACGCCGUCCGAUCAAUGGCUAAGCAGAUGAAGUCGUCGGGGGUCAUCCCGGACACAUUCGUGCUGAACAUGAUCAUUAAGGCGUACUCGAAGUGCCUCGAGGUCGACGAGGCGAUCCGGGUGUUUCGGGAGAUGGGGUUGUAUGGGUGCGAGCCGAAUGCGUACACUUAUAGUUACAUCGUGAAGGGGUUGUGCGAGAAGGGGAGGGUCGGGCAGGGUUUAGGGCUUUAUAAGGAAAUGAGGAGUAAAGAGCUGGUGCCGAAGAGCAGCGCAUAUAUGAUUCUGAUCUGUAGUCUUUCGUUGGAGCGGAGGCUCGAGGACGCGAGGGAGGCGGUGUUUGACAUGCUGCGCGAAGCAAUGGCUCCGGACCUUCUGACUUAUAAGACAUUGUUGGAAGGAUUGUGCAGGGAAGGGAAGGGCAGUGAAGCCUUCGAUUUGCUGGGGGAGUUUAGGAAGAGGGAUACGAUGAUGGGCCAGAAGAAUUACAAGAUUCUAUUGAAUGGAAUAAAUUUCGUUAAUUGAGAGUAGAAUUCUAUGUUCAUGAUCGCGUGCUCCGAAAUUCGCUGGUGUAGAGCGGAAAUGCCGAUGUGGUCGAGACUUUAAAAGAGAGCAAAAGUAUAUGCAAGGUGCUGAAUCACAUGUGGCGAGUCCGACUGCCUCUUAAACGGUAUGGCAUCCAUUUCUGAUGCUGUGCUCAUAACGCUGGAGGAGAAGCGUCGAUCCUGCGAGACGACCGGUAUCUAUCCUAUUCCAGCAUGCAUGAUUUGCGACAUGGCGCACUUGUUGAGGGAAUCGUCCAAUGUUGUGCCUGUGCAAUUUGCUGUUCGCGCAUCUCCUCAUUAAUCUACCUCAGAAACAGAUGAUCUGGCCGUGUUAGAUUUGCUUUUAAACAGAGAUGAAUUCCUACAUCUGCUAUUAGGAUGAGGCGAGCUUAUUAGGCAUGCAAGAGUUUCAAUCAAACUGCUAUGUUAUCAAACAGUGUCCUUAGAUUGAUACUGGUGAUGAGGAUGUUGUUUCGCUGGUGACAUUGGUGUUUUCAUGCGACUCGUCAUCCUCUUCUUGCCACUGGGAAGAAGAUCGGAGAAAGAGAGAUCUUUUCAAAGUUCUGCGGCAAUUGUCACACUUGCCUAUCCGAGUCUCUUCGGAUUUGCAAAUUGAUGGGCAUCCGGCGUCAUGCCUCAAGAUUUGGAGGAGGGCGUGCUCGAGAAGAAGAUUAGGCGAUUUUUUCCCCCGUAAUUAUCACUCGGGACUAUGCCGAUAAUCAGUUUUGUUGUAGUUUGGAAAUGGAGGAAUAUGCAUACUUAUUGAUGAUGCAUUCAGUGAGAGUAUAUUCAUGUUACAGUGUUGCUUGAUAGUUGAUACAGGUAAUGAUAGAAACCAGCAACUAAUCUGUACACAGUAUUUCAAACGAAUGAUAUCAUGAUUCUUGUUUGAAGUAAUUGAUGAAGACCUGCGUAGCUUGAUGUGGA